CUGCGAGAUUCUGAAAAAAAAAGGAGAAGAAGAAGAAGAACCAAAGCGACGCCGCGAUGGGGAUGAAAUUUCUGAACAAGAAGGGGUGGCACACCGGGAGCCUCCGCAACAUCGAGAACGUCUGGAAGGCGGAGCAGAAGCACGCCGCCGAAGAGAAGAAGCUCGACGAGCUCCGCAAACAGAUCAUCGAAGAACGCGAUCGCUCCGAAUUCCGCAACCUCCAGGAGCAAGCCGGCCUCGUCCCGAGGCAGGAGCGGUUGGAGUUCCUCUACGAUUCCGGAUUGGCCGUCGGGCGCCCCAGCGGGUCUGAGAAUCUCAAAGAAGCCUUCACCAAAGCCGAAGAGCCGCCGUCUUCCGCGGAAGCCGCUGCCGCAAAGGAGUCGGCAUCGUCUGCACCGGGGGCGCUGUUUGCCGCGGAGAAGCCGCAGUCGGCAAAUGAUGCUUGGAGAAAGCUGCACUCGGAUCCUUUGCUUAUGAUUAAGCAGAGGGAGCAGGAGGCACUGUCUCGGAUCAAGAACAAUCCUGUCCAGAUGGCUAUGAUUCGCAAACAAGUUGAAGCAAAGAAGCCCAAAGAAAAACAGCAUGAAAAGGAGCAUCGGAAGAAGCACCGUAAAGAAUCUUCAAAACACCGGAAACAAAUGUCUGAUUCAGAAGAUGACACAGCUGAUAUGGAAAGGAGGAAGAAUAAUCAUCGUAAUGGAUCAAAAUAUGAUAAGCAUUCAGAAUCAGAAGAUGAGCCACAUGAUAAAGCACAUCGAAGUGGAAAGAACCGUGUUAAGCAUUCAAGUGUUGAAGGUGAAUCACGUCACAGAUCACGUCAAAGUGGGAAAACGCAUGCGAAGUAUGCAGAUUCUGAAGAUGAAUUGCGUAACAAACAUAGUAGCAGUAAACACCAUGCUAGUCGUUCAGAUUUGGAGGAUAUGUCACGUAACAGAGCACAUAGAAAUGAGAAGUACUCAGAUUCGGAAGAUGAGCUACAUAACUUAGGGCGUCGCAGUGAGAAGAACCGUGUUAAGCAUUCAGAUUUAGAAGACAAGCCACAUGAUAGAAGUCGAAAUGAAAAGAGCCGUGGUAAGCAUUUAUAUUCUGAAGAUCAUAACAGAAGAAGUCGAAGUGAGAAGAGCCAUGGUAAGCAUUCAGAUUCUGAAGAUCAUAACAGAAUAAGUCGCAGUGAGAAGAGCCGUGGUAAGCAUUCAGAUUCUGAAAAUGAACUACAGAACAGAAGUAGUCGAACUGAGAAGAACCGUGGUAAGCGUUCAGAUUCAGACGAUGAGCAUGAGCUGCAUGACAGAAAUCGUCAAACUGAGAAGAAUCGUGUUAAGCAUUCUGAUUCAGAAUAUGGGCUACAAAAUAGAGCACAUCGAAGUGAGAAAGAUCAAGCUAUAACAAGAGCAAAAGAUGACGGUCAAGUUAUAGUCAAGGGAAAACAUGAAAGUUCAGAAAUAGAAAACUCAUCCAUGAGAAAUCGAAAUGACUCCCAUAACAGGCGUCGGUUUGUUCCUCCUAAACUUUCAGAAGAAGAAAGAGCUGCUCGGCUAAAGGAGAUGCAGAUGGAUGCCGAGUUGCAUGAAGAACAGAGAUGGAAACGUUUGAAGAAGGCUGACGAGAAUGAUGCACAGGAAGCUACCCAAUCUAUCAGAGUUGGCGGUAAGAAUUUCUUGGAUGCUGCUCAAACUAGUGUUUAUGGUUCUGGGAAGGGGGGAAGCUCAACGAUAGAAGAAAGUGUCCGUCGUCGAACACAUUAUUCGCAGGGCAGGUCUGAAGCAAGCGAAAGCAAUGCAUUUCGACGGUAAAGCUGUUAUAUUCUGUUGGCUUUUCUUGCAUCGAUUCUAGCUGUUCUAUGUUUUCCUUUGCUCCACAUAUUUCAAAGACCUGUAAAUUUAUUUCUUGUGUAGUGAUAAUUGAAUGUCGAGCUGUAUGAAUAUUUUUUUUAUCUUUC